AUGGCUCAAUCAAAGGACAAAGAGGAAAAUCCACUAGACAUCGACGGUAGUAAUUUCAACCCCGAUAUGUAUAUGGAUUGUUUAUUAAAAUGCGCUACGUUAAAACAAGUUAUGGAUAAAGAAGCUGAAGUAGUCACCCAGAGCCAAUUUCUUCAAUCAGAGAUGCAAACAUUGGUAUACGAAAACUACAACAAGUUCAUAUCAGCGACGGAGACAGUGCGUAAAAUGCGCACAGAUUUCAAAAUAAUGCAGGAGGAAAUGAACAAGUUAAGUGAAAACAUGAAUAAAAUAACUUCAUUUAGUACUGAAAUAUCAGAUUCAUUGAGAGAUAGUGGUAACAAUGUAAGCAGGUUAUGUGGAACAAGGCAGCUUUUAGACAAAUUACAAUUUUUGUUUUUGCUGCCAACACAAUUGAAUAAAGCCAUUGUAGACGGAAGAUAUGCUGACGCAGUCCACGACUACUCCCAUGCUCAGAGAGUGCUACAAAAGUAUGGAAAUCAACCUUCCUUUCAAAGCAUUCAGACGGAGUGCUCAGAAAUCAUAUAUGGGCUGAAAAAGACAUUAAGGGAAAGACUACUUAGCCCAGACACCUCAGCGUCAGAGCUGGCACAAUGUGUUAGUUUGUUACGACAGCUACAAGAAACUGAUUCCUCUCUUCAAGAUAUAUUCUUGAGUUGUGCUGAAAGCAGACUUGAUCAGCAUUUACAAAGUUUAAGCGCCAUGGUAGAGAGCAUAGAUAUUUUAGAAUGGGUUGAAAAAUGUAACAGCACAUUACUUGCAGACUUAGGUAUAGUAAUAUCAUGUUAUCACGAAAUGUUUCGAGACAAAGAUAAUACAAACAUACCAGAUUUUGCUGACAAAAUUAUGUUACAAGUAUUUCACUUAUUUGAAGAGGUUGUCAAAAGGCCUGAUAAUAUAGGGACGGACAUUUUAGUUAGAGGGCUGGAUAAAUUCUUUAGGAAGCUACAAGCAAUGACAGAGAUUAUUUCAAGUGACACUAUGAGUAACAAGGCAGUGGAUGUGGUUAUCCAAUGCAUCAAUCACAAGGCAACUAUACAGUAUCUGUCCAUUCAAUCUCAGUUUAAGGACAGUCUUACUAAAGUGAGACAGUCUUUAGCUAGUAAAGGAUCAGAGACAACAGAUUUGAAAGACAUACUGAACUCCUUACAGGUUUACUUAAUGCAGAAAGUCCAGGCUUCAUUAUUAGAUCUUAUGGCAUUCCUACAGAACAAUCUCUCAUUUGGACUUAAACCAUGGUGUGCAAAAGCUGUAGCUGAUACAUGUUGGAAAGUUAUUACUGAGACUAUGGUCAAUCUGUCAGAGAUGGUAAAAAAGAUGGCUUACUUGCAGACAUCAAACAACAUUCCAUUCCAACUGCUCUUGAUAUUGGCAAAAUUGUGUUUAGAAAUGCAGGAGAGUGGUGUUACCACUCUCCACACUCAUUUACUUAAACUCCUUGAAGAGUCUGCUCCUGGACUGACAGUAGAAAAAAGAGAUACUAACAGUAUUAUGGUACAUCUAUCUACUGCGGCCCAAGCGGCUUUAGAUUCAGAAGUAGUAUUUAUUGGGCAGACUGCAGCACAGAUGUUGAGAGUGUCAGUUUUAGCUAGAGAUUGGUUAAGAGCUCCAGAACCACGUGGACCUAGAGCUGUUUGUCGCAGAGUUGUUGAAACUCUAGCAGGUGCAGACAGUGCUGCAUCACAGUUGUUUCCAACAAGUAUGAAGCCUUCAAGUGAUUCUAGUCGCCGUACUAUUUGGUCACGUGCCCCAUCGUCUUUCUCACCCUUGAAUAGAAUAUUUUCUGAAAGGAUCGAAGUAUUCAGUCCUGCAGGGGCCGAUCGGGCUGCUUUGUCUAAUGGAGCGUUAAAAGUGGCACUGAAGGCGCUGGUAGAAUGCGUAAGAUUGCGUACAUUCGGCAAACAUGGCUUGCAGCAGUUACAAGUAGAUGUACAUUUUCUACAGCAAAGAUUGUCUUGUAUGGGCAAUGAUGAAAGGUUACUGAAUGCUCUUCUGGAAGACGCCUUGGCAUCCGCACAGCUAAGGUGUGUUGAUCCACAACUGAUGGAGCCCAGUAUUGUAGAUAUAAUUUGCGAAAGAGGUUAA